UUUCUUUGUAUUAUAUAUAUUGUAUGUCUGAUAUUGUCAUUGAUUAUUUAUCAUUAUGUGCGCCAACAAAAUACUAGGACGGUGGAGCCAAAGGCUAAAUUUCAAUAAAUUUGCAUUUAUUACUACAAAACUAUAUUUAUAUAGACUUGUACCGACGCGCUUUGCCAGUGCGUACGAUGUUCGACCACCAUUUCCAUGGCAUUAUCAUUCAUUUUACUUAAUUCUCGUGCACUCUGACUCAGUAGUCAGUAUAAUUACUGAUCGCUUUAUUCAAAUUUUCAAUGUCUGCUACGAAAUGGAUUGGGAAUGAGAGAAAAAGAAAGAAGUCGGGGCAGGCACUGGAUGAUACAAACCAACAAACAAAAAGGCACUGCAGAAGCAAGCCACAGACCACCGGGUACAACUUGUUUUGCUCAUAUAUACUGAAUUCAGAUACAUGCCAAGAGCUGAGCAAUAACUCUGACAAAUUAAAAAUGGCUGUAACAACCUGGAACUCACUGACUGUCGAAGAACAAGAAUGCUGGAAAAAAAAAGCAAAGGAUGCUCAGUCUGCAAAUCCCAUAGACCUUUCCAACAAAGAGCGCCAUACCAAGAUCAAAAAGGCAAAGAAGCAAUUAAUUUCUCAGCUUGCAUAUUUAGAAAGCCUGGGGUGCACAGCAUCUGUGUUGCUUCUGGAGCCAGGGGAAUCCCCCUUGCUUCAGCAGUAUGGGACAAAUGAAGGCCUACAUUUCUUAGAAGAAAACCAAAAUGUUGCAUUGAAGUUUAUGGAAUACAUGAAUUCUCCACAAUGUGUCAAAUACACCAUGCACGAUGUUCGUGAAUUGUUUCGUCGGAAGUACAGUGAAGCAUGUGGAAAGCCCAUACAGAAAGUGCCGUAUUCCAAAGGUGGUUUCGUCGUUUCAGGAUUACCUGAUGAAAUUGAGUUUAGAAACCCGAGCACUUAUGGGCAAAAACAAAUCCAGAAAAUCAUGAACAAGGCUGAUGACAUCGCCUUUUGUUUACAAAAUCCUGCUGUCAAAGUGCCAUCACAAGUCACUGUCGCCGAACUUGCAGUACACAAGCAAAUUUUGGUAAAAUUAGUCACCGAAGAAACCGCUACAGCCAGCCUAUCGAACCAACACCAAAUCUUAGAGGAGGAUUUGGAAGUAUGCGAAUUCGACCUCACCGCUAGUGAGUUCAAUAUUCUCACUACACAAUUGCGGGAUUACUUCCAUGAAGAUGCAAUCACCGCACUAGAAAGUAAUUUUGAGGCAGGCAGGGGUCAUCAAGGGUAUAUAUUACCCGUGUAUACAACCACCAGUGAUGCAUACUGGUUGUUUUACCAUCCCGGAACCGCCGAUGAGAUUGAGAAUCUACAACCAGAAGAUCCAAUUAGCGGUUACUGGCUUGACAAGACCGAACAGGAACUACACUACAAGUUACUGGUUGAGCCCCAAGAAGCAUCAAUUGUGGCAUUGAAUUUGAUCAACGACAAUCUUAGCGAACUUGGGUCUCUUAGAGUUAGAAAACACCUUGAUACAGAGGAUGAAUUGAGGCUCAUUGCGGUGUCCGCUGAUUUUGACUACUCUGUAAAGGAGUGUUUGAGAAAACAUGGCUUUGAUAAGUAAUUUUUUAAACCUUCGUAAGACCUGUUUCAAACGGCGAGUUUACCAUGUGCCUAACCCAUCCAACCCAAACAAUCGACUUGAGUCUAUAUGUUAAGCUCGACUACUUUGUUAUUUUCGACGUUUGAAUCACCAAGCCAACUUGGUCGAGCUCAAUAUGAAUUGAAUUCGGCACAUGAAAACUCGCCGUUUUGAAACAGGCCUAAAUUGUUCUGCCUAGAACUAUUGCAAGUUGUAAUUACACACCUACAUAGGUACGUGAGUCAUAAUAUCUAUACUGUUGCAAAUGUUGCGUUGUCAUUGGCUACGUUACUCGCUGUCUAUUCAUCGAUAGAUAGUUGCAAAACGAACAUUUAAUGGUCCAUCUUUCAUGGGGUUUUUUCAUGGGGUUUUUUGUUAUUCAGACCACGCCCAUUGCACUGUAUGCUGGGUGGGGGUCCAAGCAUGUGUAGAAAAAAUGGUAUCAGCAAUGUCACAUUUUUGCAAUUUUAAACGUUGCUAACCGACUGAUUUCAAAGAUAUGGUUAGAAGAGUCCUUGCUACGUGUCGAAGCGCUGCAUAGAAUACGGUUUCUGUGACUAGUGAUUAUUAAAGAAUUAAAUGGAAAUAGAUGAAAAUUUGUAGAAUGUUGUGGGUAAAUGUGUCAAAAUGAUAUAGGGAAUUCGGUAAUGUGCUUACUCGAGUGAUGGGAAAUCUGACAAGACUGAGGGGCUGUUAAUAUAUGGGGAAGGCUGGCCCGCUUAAGAGGAUUGGCCUUUCAGCUGGCGGUUGGCUUUCAGCUCGUGUUUAUAUGAGAUGGCUUGGCCCUGUUAGGGGGGCUGGCUAAGGAGGAGGGAUCUCUUCUUCAAGGGCCAGCUCUCCAGUGAGGGCUGGCCUUCUUCCAUAUAAACACCCCAUGAAUAACAUAGGAACGAAUAA